AUCGCCGCCGGCCCCGCCCCGCCCCGCCGCCCGGUGGGGCUCGCGUGUCUGGGUCACAUGAGCCGCCCGCCCCGGCCCGGCCCCCCGCCGCCCCCGCAGUCCUCGCCACCCCCGCCGUCCCCGCAACCCGCCGCCGCCGCCGCCGCCCGCAGGCCCAGCUCCUCUGGCCGCCGCCGCGGAGCUGCGCUGCGCUGCCUGCGCCCAGGGCUCGGGAGGGGGCCGCGGAGGAGCCGCCCCCCCGCGCCCGGCCCCCGCCCCCGCCCCCCGCGCCAUGGGGCUCCGGCUGCUGCCGCCCCCCGCGCCGCCGGGCUAGGGCCAUGCGGGCGCCCCCCCGCGGCCACCAUGGGCCCCCUGCUCCGCCGCCUGCUGCUCGCCGCGCUGCUGCCGCUGGCCCGCGCCCAGGCCCCCGGCUCCCAGCGCGAAGUCCCCAGUCACCAGAAGAAAGUGGUGUCAUGGCUGGACGUGUACGCAAGGGCCACCUGCCAGCCGCGGGACGUGGUGGUGCCCCUGAACAUGGAGCUCCUGGGCACAGUGGCCAAGCAGCUGGUCCCCAGCUGUGUCACCGUGCAGCGCUGCGGCGGCUGCUGCCCUGAUGAGGCCCUGGAGUGCGUGCCCACCGGCCAGUACCGAGUCCGCAUGCAGAUCCUCAUGAUUCACUACCCCAGCAGCCAGCUGGGGGAGAUGUCCCUCGAGGAGCACAGCCAGUGUGAAUGCAGGGCCUCCACUCCCCAUCACCGCCCCCAGCCCCGCUCCAUUCUGGGCUGGGCCCCUGCCCCCGGAGCACCCUUCCCAGCUGACAUCACCCAUCCCACUCCAGCCCCAGGCUCCUCUGCCCACGCUGCCCCCAGCGCCACCAGCGCCCUGACCCCCGGACCUGCCGCUGCCGCUGUCCACGCCGCAGCCUCCUCCGUUGCCAAGGGCGGGGCCUAGAGCUCAACCCCCGCACAUGCAGGUGCCGGAAACUUCGAAGGUGACACAGCGCGGCCACUUGUCUCACAUGCCACACCCCAAGGGGGGCUCAGAGGACACCCUGGUGAGAACAGAACUGGACCAGGAGACAGGCAGCAACAGAGGCUGCUUACCAACCUGGGGAGAACGGGGCCCCGUGUCAGCAUCCACCCACCCUGGGCAGUGAGCAUCCCCUCACUGAACGCCGGGCCCUGGCAGGUAGCAAGAGUGGGGCUUUAUUCUGAGGAUCCUGUCGUCCGUCCCCUCCCUCCCUCCCUCCCCCAUAAAGAGCUAGAAGGAGCUGU